GCAGCCGCAGCCGGAAACCGGGCCCGCGCGGCGGCCGCCGUCCCGGCCGAGCCGGGGCCCCGAAGUCAGAGCCGGAGCCGGGCGGGCCGCGGGGUCAUGGCGGGGCCGCGGGGCGCGCUGCUGGCCUGGUGCCGCCGACAGUGCGAGGGCUACCGCGGCGUGGAGAUCCGCGACCUGAGCAGCUCCUUCCGGGACGGCCUGGCCUUCUGCGCCAUCCUGCACCGGCACCGGCCCGACCUGCUAGAUUUUGAUUCGCUUUCCAAGGACAAUGUCUUCGAGAAUAACCGUUUGGCCUUUGAAGUGGCUGAGAAGGAGCUGGGGAUCCCUGCUCUCCUGGACCCCAGUGACAUGGUCUCCAUGAGCGUCCCUGACUGCCUCAGCAUCAUGACCUAUGUGUCCCAGUAUUACAACCACUUCUCCAGUCCUGGCCAAGCUGGUGUCUCACCACCCAGAAAGGGCCUGGCACCCUGUUCCCCGCCAUCUGUAGCACCCACUUCAGCGGAACCAGAAGAUGUGGCUCAGGGCGAGGAGCUCUCCUCAGGCAGCCUGUCAGAGCAGGCCACCGGCCAGACCCCCAGCAGCACGUGCGCGGCCUGCCAGCAGCAUGUGCACUUGGUACAGCGCUACCUGGCUGACGGCAGGUUGUACCACCGCCACUGCUUCCGGUGUCGGCGGUGCUCCAGCACCCUGCUCCCUGGGGCUUAUGAGAAUGGGCCCGAGGAGGGCACCUUUGUGUGUGCAGAACACUGUGCCAGGCUGGGCCCGGGGACGCGGUCAGGGACCAGGCCUGGGCCUUUCUCACAGCCAAAGCAGCAGCACCAGCAGCAACUCCCAGAAGAUGCCAGGGAUGUUCCAGGAGGCAGCCCCAGCUCCAGUGCUUCUGCAGGGGCUGAGGCCGAUGGACCCAAGGCCAGCCCUGAGGCCCGGCCCCAGAUCCCUACCAAACCCCGGGUUCCUGGCAAACCACAGGAGCUGGCUAGCACCCCUGCAGGCCGCCCCACCCCCGCCCCCAGGAAGGCCUCCGAGAGCAUCGCCCCAGCACCCCCCACGCCCCGGCCCCGCUCUAGUCUGCAGCAGGAGAACCUGGUGGAGCAGGCUGGCAGCAGCAGCCUCGUGAACGGAAGACUGCACGAACCACCUGUCCCCAAGCCGAGGGGGACACCGAAGCCAUCUGAGGGGACACCAGCCCCCAGGAAGGACCCCCCAUGGAUCACGCUGGUGCAGGCGGAACCAAAGAAGAAGCCAGCCCCACUUCCCCCAAGCAGCAGCCCUGGGCCACCAAGCCAGGACAGCAGGCAGGUGGAGAAUGGAGGCACCGAGGAGGUGGCCCAGCCGAGCCCAGCGGCCAGCCUGGAGCCCAAACCCUAUAACCCUUUUGAGGAGGAGGAGGAGGAUGAGCAGGAAGAGGCUCCGGCUGCACCCAGCCUGGCCACCAGCCCUGCCCUGGGCCACCUGGAGUCCACACCAAAGUCCCUGCACCCCUGGUACGGCAUCACCCCUACCAGCAGCCCGAAGACAAAGAAGCGCCCUGCGCCCCGUGCUCCCAGCGCAUCCCCACUGGGUAAGUGCCUUUCCUGGAGCUCUCCUGACAGUCGGAACUCGGGGAUGGGGCCCGGGCCUGGGGUGAGGGUGUGUGGAAGCCUAGAGUCGGAACAAACGCCUCAAAGCAACAGCCCUGGCCUUGCCCCCAGGAACCAGGGGCAUGCCCAGGUCCCCCAGCCAGCCAAGCCCUGCAGUGGCGCCACCCCAACAACACCUCUCUCCGUUGGAUUGGGAGACAGGAGCCCCUGUGCCUUCCCCUGGAAGUCUCGGUCCCCACAGCUGCAGGUAAAGUCCUCCUGCAAGGAGAAUCCUUUUAACCGGAAGCCAUCGCCUGCAGCGUCCCCAGUCACAAAGAAGGCCACCAAGGGUUCUAAGCCUGUGAGGCCACCUGCCCCAGGACACGGCUUCCCACUCAUCAAACGCAAGGUCCAAGCUGACCAGUACAUCCCCGAGGAGGACAUCCACGGAGAGAUGGACACCAUUGAGCGCCGGCUGGAUGCCCUGGAGCACCGUGGGGUGCUGCUGGAGGAGAAGCUGCGUGGCGGCCUGAAUGAGGGCCGUGAGGAUGACAUGCUGGUGGACUGGUUCAAGCUUAUCCACGAGAAGCACCUACUGGUGCGGCGAGAGUCCGAGCUCAUCUAUGUCUUCAAGCAGCAGAACCUGGAGCAGCGCCAGGCUGAUGUCGAGUAUGAGCUCCGGUGCCUCCUCAAUAAGCCAGAAAAGGACUGGACGGAGGAGGACCGGGCCCGGGAGAAGGUGCUGAUGCAGGAGCUUGUGACCCUCAUUGAGCAGCGCAACGCUAUCGUCAACUGCCUGGAUGAGGACAGGCAGAGGGAGGAAGAGGAAGACAAGAUGUUGGAAGCCAUGAUCAAGAAGAAAGAGUUCCAGAGGGAGGCUGAACCCGAGGGCAAGAAGAAGGGGAAGUUCAAGACCAUGAAGAUGUUGAAACUGCUAGGAAACAAACGUGAUGCCAAGAGCAAGUCCCCCAGAGACAAGAGCUAACAGCACGAGAAGCCAGUUGGGGACUGCCCCCUCCUGGACCAGCUCCUGGGCUGUGCUCUGUUUGAAGGGGACGCGCUGCUCCCCUCAGAUCAGUCAGGAGGAAGAUGACUAAGAGGAGGGAUCCUCGGGGUGAUGGCCUCUUCCUCCUCAGGGGCCUCUGACUGCUCUGCGCCAAAGAGUCUUUUCUUUCUUCUCCGAGCCCCAGGCAGCGGUGACUUGGCCCUGCCCAACCUGAUUCUGAUGACUGCAGAUGCUGCAGUCCCAAGGGGCAAAUAGGGUCCCAGGGUCCAGGGAGGGGCACCUGCUGAGCACAUUCGCCCCCUCACCCUGCCCAGCCCCUGCCAUGAACUCUGGCCUGGGUCUCCACCUCCAGGGUCCUGCUCUUCCAGGCAGGCCAGGAAGUGGCGCUGGGCCGCACUGGCUUCUUCCUGCCCCAGCCCUGGCUCUGAGUCUCUGUCUUCCUGUCCUGGGCAGGCGCCCCUGGCUCUCAGUUUCCCUCACUCAGGAGCUCUGUUUCUGACGUCUCCAGUUAAGUUUGAGUUUAUGACUGAGAGGCCUGUACUGUCAGACGUGAAUGGGCCUGACGGGCAAAUCCAUCCCUCUCUCCCUCACAGUUCCAGGAGCAGCUUCCCUCGUCUCCCCUUACUCCACAGGGAGCCUCCCUUGCCAGGACCAGGGCUGCGAUGGCCAUGCUGGGGCAGGUGGGUGCCCUGUUGGCUGCUCUCAGUGCUGCCCCCAGGCUGCAGUUCCAGUCCCUGGUUGUCAGGUAGGAAGAGGGUACACUCGAAGCACGUGCUCAUCUUGUUUCCUUAACGUCUGUAGUCUGACCCCUCAUUUAGACUUUCCUCUGCUACCCCGGUCCAGGGGAGAGGCUCGCUCCCGCCCGUGGUCAUCACUGGUCUGUCUCCCCUGUUGUCUGUUCUCUCCCUGACUCCCUCCCACCGAAGGCCUGAUGGCCACUCGCCCCUCUGGGAUAGCUAUAGGAGAGGAGGAGUGAUGGGGGCCACCACCUUUUCUACAGGAAAUGUGCCCAGCAGCUCUUGGUCAAAGCACUGUUGCUAUAAGCUAUCUCUGGGACGCCUCUAGGCCCCCUUCCCUCUACACACCUCUGGGAAAAGAUCACACUGUAUUAACUCUCGAGGAGUUUCCUCACCAAUAAACAGACAACCUCAA